CUAUCUCCAUAUACUACCAUGACUCAUAAUAACCUCCUCAUUAACAUUGCCCUCUCUUCUCUCGUUCCUCUUUUUCUCGCUUUGCUCCUCGUCGUCAUUCCUACCCCUCCUUUCUUCUCCGUUCCCGAUGACUCCCUUAGCUGCCACCACCACCACCAUAAACCCUCGGCUGAUGAAGAAGACCGAGCGAGUAUCGGUUCCAUUUGUGACACCUUCCCGACUGCCCUUCUCCCACCAGAAACUGUCAACACUUCUGUCUUAUGCGUUGACCAAAAUGGAUGCUGCAACUUCACUACUGUACAGGCAGCUGUGGAUGCUGUGUUGAAUAUGAGCUCCAAAAGAAGCUUAAUAUGGAUCAACACUGGAAUCUAUUUUGAGAAGGUGAUGGUUCCGAGAUCGAAACCGAACGUGACAUUUCAAGGACAAGGCUACACAACCACGGCUAUUGUUUGGAACGACACUGCUAAUUCUUCGCAUGGCACCUUUUACAGCGGCUCCGUCCAAGUCUUCUCUUCCAAUUUUAUUGCCAAGAAUAUAAGCUUCAUGAAUGUGGCGCCAAUUCCAGGGCCGGGCGUCAUCGGAGCACAGGCGGUGGCGAUUCGGAUCGGCGGAGACCAGGCGGCGUUUUGGAACUGCGGAUUCUUCGGCGCUCAAGACACGCUCCACGAUGACCGCGGCCGCCAUUACUUCAAGGAUUGCUACAUCCAAGGCUCCAUCGAUUUCAUCUUCGGAAAUGGAAGAUCUUACUACGAGAGUUGCCAGAUGAUUUCGAUGGCGAAUCCAGUUCCGCAAGGAUCAAAGUUCGUGAACGGAGCCGUGACAGCGCACGGCAGAGCCUCCGCAGACGAGAACUCUGGAUUUGCUUUUGUUAAUUGCAGCAUCGGUGGAACCGGCCGAGUGUGGCUCGGUCGCGCGUGGCGGCCGUUCUCUCGCGUCGUCUUUGCUAACACCGUCAUGACGGAUAUUAUUGCGUCGGAGGGAUGGAAUGACUUUAAUGACCCCGCAAGGGACCAGACGAUAUUCUACGGGGAGUACAACUGCAGUGGAGCAGGAGCCAACAUGAGCGCAAGGGCUCCCUAUGUUCAGAGGCUCAAUGAUACUCAAGUUUCCCCUUUCCUCAACCUCUCCUUCAUUGACGCAGACCAAUGGCUGCAACCCUAUUAAUUCUCUCUUUUUCUUUCAUACAU